GCCAGGAAGCCAAGUCCUCACGCUGCCCCUCCGGGCCGGGCCGAGGCCGCUGCACUACAGCUCCCAGCAGCCUUUGCGCCGCGCUGUGACUCUGCCUGGGCGACCCUGGCGCUGGCUGGGAUGGAGUGAGUCUGAGGGGCAGGCGGAGGAGAGAGCACAGCCCACCGAGCCCCUCCACCCCCGCCCCGGGCCCAUGCGGCCCCCGAGAGACCAUGGGAUCCAGGAUCAAACAAAACCCGGAAACAACAUUUGAAGUGUAUGUUGAAGUAACCUGUCGAGGGACAAGCAGCAUUGGAGCAGGUGCCUUAGGUGAAAGUUGCUGGCAGAUCUUGGCCUAUAAUAGCAACAUGUUUGCUGAUAUACAAGAUCCUGAGGUGCGGAGGAAAUUCCCAGAGGACUACAGUGACCAGGAAGUUCUACAGACUUUGACCAAGUUUUGUUUCCCCUUCUAUGUGGACAGCCUUACAGUCAGCCAAGUUGGCCAGAACUUUACAUUUGUGCUCACAGACAUUGACAGCAAACAGAGAUUUGGAUUCUGUCGCUUAUCUUCUGGGGCCAAAAGUUGCUUCUGUAUCUUAAGUUAUCUCCCAUGGUUUGAAGUCUUUUAUAAGCUGCUCAACAUCUUGGCAGAUUAUACAGCAAAAGGACAGGACAGUCAGAGGAAUGAACUCCUAGAAACACUUCAUAAACUUCCCAUCCCUGACCCAGGAACACCUGUUAAUCUCAGUGUGCAUUCUUACUUUAGUGUGCCUGACAUCACAGAGCUUCCCAGUAUCCCUGAAAAUAGAAAUCUGACAGAGUAUUUUGUAGCCGUUGAUGUCAACAACAUGCUGCAUCUCUACGCUAGUAUGCUCUAUGAACGCCGCAUCCUCAUCUGCUGUAGUAAACUGAGCACUUUAACUGCCUGCAUUCAUGGGUCUGCAGCUAUGCUCUACCCAAUGUUCUGGCAACAUGUUUACAUUCCUGUUCUGCCCCCGCAUCUAUUGGACUACUGCUGUGCCCCGAUGCCCUACCUCAUUGGAAUACAUUUAAGUUUAAUGGAGAAAGUUAGAAAUAUGGCCCUGGAAGAUGUGGUGAUUCUUAAUGUUGAUACCAACACACUGGAAACUCCUUUUGAUGAUCUACAGAGCCUUCCCAAUGAUGUGGUUUCUGCACUCAAGAACAGAUUAAAGAAAGUCUCCACAACUACUGGGGAUGGUGUGGCAAGAGCGUUCCUAAAAGCCCAGGCCUCUUUCUUUGGGAGCUACAGAAAUGCACUGAAAAUUGAACCCGAGGAGCCAAUCACUUUUUGUGAAGAAACGUUUGUGUCUCAUCGUUCUACUGCCAUGAGGCAGUUUCUUCAGAAUGCUAUUCAGCUCCAGCUCUUUAAGCAGUUUAUUGAUGGACGUCUUGAUCGUCUCAACUCUGGAGAGGGCUUCAGUGAUGUUUUUGAAGAAGAGAUAAAUAUGGGAGAAUAUGCUGGGAGUGACAGACUGUACCAUCAGUGGCUCUCUACAGUAAGGAAAGGAAGUGGAGCCAUUAUAAAUACAGUAAAGACCAAGGCUAACCCGGCCAUGAAGACUGUCUAUAAGUUUGCAAAAGAUCAUGCAAAAAUGGGAAUAAAAGAGGUGAAAAACCGCUUGAAGCAAAAGGACAUUGCUGAGAAUGGAUGCUCUGCAACACCAGAAGAGUCCCUGCCAAGGACAUCUCCUUCUCCGUUGGGCGAAAAGAAGGACCCUAAACUCAGAGAAGAUAGAAGACCAAUCACAGUACACUUUGGGCAGCAGCAAAGAGUACGUCCACCUCGGCCGCCUCCUCCAAAGAUACAGCGUUCAUCUAGGCCCGUUCGUCCUCCAAGACCUCACGUUGUUAAGAGACCCAAGAGCAACAUUGCUGUGGAAGGGCGAAGGACUUCAGUUUCUAGUCCAGAACAAAUUUGGGAAGCUGAGGACUGGGCAUAUUGCCAGGGGCCACUGAUGUUAGGUAGAAAAGGAUGUCUUGGAAAAUAUUGCCAGUGUCAGGAGAGAGUGUUUGGCACUCACCUGGGGAACACUCAGGCAGCCAGGCCUCAGCCAUACCGGGCCCUGAAAGAGUCUGAUAGUGCUGAUGGAGAAGAGGUUCUCAGUCCAGAAAAAGCAGAGGAGGCUCUUCCCCCAGGCCCUUCUACGCCAGACAAGGUCACAGAAGUUAACCUCCUGGAGGACAUUUUCACUAAUUUAGAGGUGGAAAAACAGCCUCAACCUCUCAGCCAAGCCAAAAGCUUGGAAGACCUAAGGACCCCCAAAGAGGAGGGUGUGCUGCAAUGUUCUUUUGAUUACCAGAGGAUGGAUCUUGGUGAAUCUGAGAGAAGCAGGAUUGUGCCAGCAAUGAAACUCUCUCAUCCCUACAACAAGCUGUGGAGUAUGGGUCACGAUGACAUGGCUAUUCCUACCAAAUAUUCCCAAAGCUCACCAGAGAGGCCCCUGACUUCUUUUGGGACCAUCCCAUCAAUCCCACGGAGACCCCGGAGCAGAGACAGCAUCUCGGUGCCUGCGGAAAAGGAAGAAGGGAACACGGCUAUUCAAGGGAACAUCACCAUCCCUAGACCACAGGGCCGAAAAACUCCUGAGCAAGGGAUAGUCCCUCCACCACCAGCACCCAGACCCACCAAACCCCAGACUCCAGUUGGGACAGCAGACGCUGUGAAUGCCUACACUACGGGACGUAGCGACUUGGUUUCAGAGCUCAUGCAGGAGCCCUUUGGAGCCGGGAAUGUGUCCCUUGACCCAGAAUUCAGACAGUCAGUAACUUAUUCCCCUCACCCCUCUCAGCUUCUCUCCAGUUCUAGCAGUAUUACUGAGAUGCUCCAGCCAGUCAAGGUUAGUACAGAAAAUGCCGGUAGUGAAAGUGACUAUCUUCUUCGUCUGCUGGAUCCAUUAAAAACAACCAGCUGGCAAAACAUGGGAUCCCAGCAAGACUCCAGCAGUAUGCAGAGCUCAGCCUCUCGAAGCUCUGCUGCCGGCUUUGCUUCAGUGGUGAGCGACUUUGCAUCUCCUCCGCCGGCACCAUUCACCCAGCCGCUGGGAUACCCUCCUUCAGCACCGCCAUUUCUGCAGCCAUCCCUCAAUCCAUUUACACAGACAGUGCCAGCAGCCCUGACAAUAUCGCUGGUCAGACCCCCAGGGGGGCCCUUUACCCCUCCUUUAGGCCACGCUUAUUGCUCCAGCUUCAUGACACCUAAUUCUGGCUUUUACCAACCACAGCGACCUAAGCCAAACAUUGCAGCGUUGUCCAUGCCCCAUCUAUUUGGCCAGGCUCCGACAGCACCACAGGCUAGUUCCUUACUGCAGCAGAGCCAUAACCCUUCCCCAGCCAGCUCUCUGGAGCCAGCACGUCCUAAAAUCAGAACAUUACCAGCAGGCCAUUCUGGCUCAAAGAUAGCUGUCAAGCAAGUGGUGCCGCGAAGUUCUAACGACCCCCCUCUGGUUCCCCCGAGGCCCGCUAAGGGCGUAGAGUCAGUGUUACUUCCCUCAAAGCCUGAGGAGACAAAAGAUCCAUUUGAAGAUUUGUUAAAAAAGACAAAACAGGAGGUUUCAGGCACGCCAGGUAAUGUAGAACAGCUCAGAAAGCAAUGGGAAACCUUUGAAUGAUGCUCCCACCCGACCUUAUUUCUUUGGGGGGUUGGAUUUUUUUAUUUUAUUAUUACUGUUAUUUGGUUGGCUUGUUUUGAGCCAGCACAAAAACCUGUUUCUUUAUAUGGAAAGUUAUAGACACAGGAAACACAACUGCUCUUCUAGAAUUCACAUACAAGUGCUACUGACUGGAGUCCAUUUUGCUGAUGAACCCGCACAUUGUCCCAUUACCAGCUAAGGUUUCUCACUGGUAUCCUAGCUGGCUUUUUGCCUGCAGUCAGUGAAAACUCCAGUGACUCUUGCACUGGCCAGAGCAUUCAGGUCAUUAGGGUAUUAUUUCCUUUUCUUUUCCCACACAGCCUUUUCAAGAAACUACUGAACCAGAAACUGCUCAUUCCCUCCCUUGUAGUCUCACACAGCCUGGGACAUGACACAGCACGUAGUUUUUGCUUCCUACCUGGGUGAACAGUGUUCAGAUCAAUUUCUUCAAUUACACAUAUUGCUUAUAAUGUUUUGCUUACAUAUGUAGUGUGCAACAAGCUAACCAAGACUUGUGGUUUGUAUUGAGUUAAUCCACUGGGCUUAAAUUGAGUUUGUUUAAUAGCCUGUCUAGCAAUAUAUACACGUGACUAAUUACACAAUUUUAUCAGC